AAAAACACGAUUCCGGAAACAACUUUUCGUUGCCUCCUGUCAUCUCUUUCGCCAACAACUGGUGGUCCCUUGAUAUCCUCAAGAACAACCUCCAACUUGACACUCUUGCUCCCCCCGAGGAACAAGCAACGGAUUCUUGUGCAUCGAGGCUCUGCUGCAUUUUGCGUUGUGUUGAAACAAAUAAAACCUACGAAAAAAAACCACCUAAGUACCUGCUUCGCGACUUCUAUCAGGCGAAAACAAGGAAAAUGUUGAAGUCCUUAUCAAAUGUAAAAGUGUCUGGGUCUGGAAGAAUGCAACUUGUGAUGCUGAAUUUGGAUUCCAGAAAAAUCUGUAUUGCAUGAGUACCAAAAGGAAUGUAAUUUUUGCUACGCGGAGAGGGCGUUUGUCAUGCGGAGUAGGCAUCAGGAAGCCAGCUCAAAAUCUGUGAUGCGCGGUCGUGCAUUACAGACAUCCUGGGCCAGGCAAAACGUGCAUGACAAAUCGGCCCGGUCCUGUUUAGUCGCAGGUCGGUGUCAGUGAGAUCAGAAUUCACAUGUUAAGUAACGCACGCCGGCUCCUAGCAAAAAAAAAAAAUGAUGAAUUUAUAUGCGAAUGGGGCCCAAUCAAAAAAAAAAAACGUGCAUGACAAAUCUCAGAAUCUUCCAGACCCAGACAUUUUUACAUUUGAUAGUCCUUCCGGUCGAACAACAAACACCUGAAGGCCGCUUCGGCGGCUCUUCUCUUCGCGGCGGACCACCAGCCUUAUCCUGCGCAAAAGUAUCGUACUCCUAGUUGAAAUUGCAGUCAUGCAUUACAAAUCUCCCUUCUUAGGUGAGUCAGCAUUACAAAUUUCAUUUUUCGUUUUGGAAAGUAAAUUUGUAUAUGCAUUUUUUUUUGCUAGUGCGAUACAAUAGAUACUUUUGCAAUGCAUAAGCCUCAGCUGUGGACCAGUGCCGUCACGGUCCAGCUCGCCGCCCAACACAAGCGCGUGAGCAAAGCCAAGGUGCAGCUCCGGGUGCAGGAGAAGAAACAAGGGUGUGCCGGGGACACGGAAAAAGACACCUCUAUCCCGAGGAAACACGUCGAAGCUCCCGCCGCAGAAUUGUCAUGCAUCGAUCUAGAAGUUUGCAUCCUUCCUUCCACAGGAACGGUUGCAAUGCACAUAAAGUAGAAUCAGAAUCUCCGUUAGAACUAGAAGCAUUUCUAGCCGUGUUGUCGUUCUUUUGGCACUCGUUCUAAAGAGCUCUGUAAACAGGGCAAGCAGGCGUCUUUUUGAUGUGGCUGUUCUUGCUAAACAGCACUUUUCAUGUGUGGCUUCCUGGAUGUGCGGAUUUUUCUCUCGCGCAGACCACCACAGUCUGGUUAUAAUCAUGUCAUGCGUGAGGUGACUCCCAAGAGUUGUUGUGUUGCAGAGUUCGUACUAUGCUUGACUAAGAUUGGCGGGUGGGGACGUUUUUACUCGGUACAACUUCUGACGCUGCGAGCAACGCCACGGCGACGGCCGCUCCUACGAACACCACUGACACGACCUAUGAGAGUGCACAACUCCCCCUCGGCCCCCUCAUUUGCCACGCAAGGACGGCGGAGCUCCACUACUAUCACUUGUUGAUGUUGCCUGUUGCUGGUGGCCAUGCUUGCAUGAUACAGAUUUCUGCCUGCAGGAGAAGCCCAAACAGUUUACAGUACUAAUCUCCUUCAUAAAUUUUUGAUGCAGAGGCUGCACCUUUGUCGAGGACCUCGACGCUUCUGGGGCUACUCAUGCCGUGCAAACAGAAAUGACGGUGAGGGAGAGUCGUGCACUCUCAUACGAGGACCCCCACGAUCACUACGACGGCUGACGGUCAAACCGAUCCGCCGGCUGAGACCCUACCAGCAUGAAAAACAACUCCCCCCCGCCAUACUGAAAUGAAAAUUGAAAUAAAGAUAAACUUAAAUUUCUUUGUAAUGCUGCUUUGUUUCCACGAGUUGAGCCUUCUACUUCUAGUUCUACUUCUUGCAUGAAGGAGGCGAGGGCCGUGCACAGCAAUCCGCGGGCAGCCUGCCACGCGUGUUCUGUGCCCACAUCAUAUCAUCACUGCCAUGCUCAGCAGCUACACAACUGUGGCACGCCGAAACUCAUUCAUAAUAACAAGCACACCCGGACCCGCAGCCGGUGGGUGCAACAUGAAGCCGGUGCGUGGCUGCGAGCAGUCAGCAGCGGCAGUUCUUUUUUGACUAUGGGGACGAGGGGGGAUCAUGUUUCCAAAGGAUUUCUGACGGCUGAUACGAUAGAGAAAAAUCCCGUGAGUGACUGUGAAUUUGGUGCGCCGCGGAGGAGUCUUGCAGAAUGAAAAGUCUGCUAAGUACGCUUUUUGCGGUUGAUGUCGUGUUUCAAAUGAAGGUGUUGUACAGCUACAGCAGUCAGGGGCUGGCGCUCUACUCCUAUUCAGGUCAUUCUCAUGCAGUCUCGUCAAAGUGGACGACCUGGACUGCAACAAGAGAAUAAAGAUUGUCCGAGCCUCGCGAUCAUGAAUAUUUCCUACAUGCUCAACCACAACCUCAAAGUCAGCAUAGUAUGUAAAGCAAUCUUUUCAUGGUAGCACGUAGCUGCCCCAACAUGUUUUGGUUUUCUUGGCGGGCGAGAGGAUGUCGCAGCUCGCACGAGUUCUGCCUGCUGCGCUCCUCUUGCAGCAAACGACGCCACCUUCUGCGGCCUGCGUGCUGGGUCAUGUUUACUUACAUGAUAGUUUUUAUUUGCAACUACAAAUACAAAUAAAAGUUGUAGAGAACUACAAGUCCGCAGCUCCUCCAGGCCCAUGACCUUGUCGUAUCAAAAUUAUUGUCACUCAAGCUUUUUUCCGUUGUACACGCACUCCGACGAUUCCGCAAAGCGUUGAGGUGACGCAACCGCAGCUGGACGCCGAGGCGUCGCUCAGCCCGAUUGCUGUGAAAUUGCAGCAGGGACUUCAAACGGUGAAAGACCUGCAGUCCGGCGGCUCUUUCCUGCAAACGCAAGAAAAUGAACAUGACGACGCGGAGGCCGCCAGGGCCGCGCUUCAAACGGCAUUGUACGCUGCGGCCAAUGACGCAAAAACGGAACUGGACAAAUUUCUUGCUGAGCAUGAUGAGGCUAACGUGCUGCCGGAAACCUGGGCCUACGCGCAAAAGAUGGUUGCAACGUUGGGACCGAUUGUCGAUGCCAUGAAAGAUGGCGAAAGUCCGACCAUGGAAGAUGCAAAAGCGGCAUACGUCGUGCUCAUGGCAGCCCAGGAUUUGCAGCUUGUGCAGGCGUUUAUGACCAAAGCGAAUGGUGUGCUUGCCGACGCGAUGCACGUCUUCGGGAACGACACCAUGGCGGAGUUGCAAGAGCUUGCUGGGCAAAUGUUUCUCGCGUACUGGACCAGCGGGUAUACCUACACGAACAGCGAUGGCCAGGAAGUCGUCCUGCCUGCGGGUGUAGAGGCAGUUGCCGCCCUCCUGAAGGUCGAAGUUGCCACGAAGAUCGUGGACGUUUUCGCGGAAAGAGCUUCGUUUUGGAUGGCGAUGCUUGACAUUGGAUGGUACGCGGAAAACUACCCACCAGUCAAAGCGUACCUGCAGGCCUGGAAUGCCGCCGUCUCGGCUUUGGAGGCGGAGGUCCAUGGCGAUGCCCCCUUGACGGCAAUGAAGAACUUCGCCACUACAAUUGCCGCUGCCACAUUUACUUUUGGAGACGACAUGUACAAGACUGUCGUCCUGUCGCGCAUGAAGGAAGUGUUCGAAACGUACGACGUGCAAGGUCUCAAGGAUGCAAGCUCCGGAGAUCUGAGCGCAAUCGCAAACAUUCUCAAAAAGCUCGCGGAAAACGAUGAUGACACUGGAAUUUCCACUCAUUUGGCGAGUAUGGGAUUGGCCGGCGCUGCAGUGUUCGCGGAUCUUGGCAGCUUGCGGACGGCCCUCGCGGAGGGUGGACUCGACUUCGAUGACUACUUCUCGACUAACUUCGCAUGGGCUGAGAAGCUGACGCUCGAAAAGAACGAAUUGAUCAGCGUGGGCACCUUAGUAAGCGACAUUAUGACGACUUUGCAGAACUCCGACAGCAACGGUCAAGAUGCUUUCUUGGGCGCGAUGAGUGUGGCUGCGACUGCUGUACACGAAGAGGCUUGCAAAGUCGUCCGUGCUCAGGGCAACAUGGCCAUCCAGAUCGAUUGUUUUAUCAUGAAACUGUGUGACUUUGAUGAGUGCAAGAGUUCCUCGUCCAGCUCCUUCACCGAACUUCAGCUGUCGGCGGAACUGGAUGCGGUGAUGGUGCGUACGAACCUGCACCAAAUGAACGUGCAGCAGCAGCUGCUCAGCGUGUAA